GUUUUAAUCCUCUUUUAGAGGAAACAUCCAAGCGUUCUGUUGAUGCAUUGAUUCAAAAUGGAAUAAAAUUCACCAUAGUCAUAUUACUUUGAGAAAGUAAUUGAAAUAGUUCCACUACUAUUACAUUUUCAACGGGGUAACUUGUCAUUGUAACCAACUACAUUUCCAAAGUCAUCUUCCCAACACCGGUUGGGGAUAAUGGCUUCUUUUCGCCUGACAGUCCGAACUCGGGGUUACGCUUGACAAACGCGCUGACUUCCGUGUGUCACACCGUUUUGGGUCCCCCCGAAUGACAACACCACCAUCGACAGCCGCCGCGGUGGAGCGGGUGGAGCGCAGCUGCCAGCUGCCAGCACAGCGAGUCAAACAAAGCCGCUGUCAACACUUCCGCUCGGUUGUCAUUGGGCGGCGGAAGAAUGAAGAGUCGUUCCCGAGGCGCCGCUUCUGUCCGCGCUCAGCCCGCCGAGUGAGCCCGCGGGCCGGGCAUCUAUGACGGGGCUGUCUCACUUGGUGCUCCGCUUCUCGGGCACCGCGGGGCGCACCUACGGAGUCUUCUCCAAAGGCCUGACCAGGACUUUGUUGAUAUUCUUCGGUCUGGCCUGGCGACUGCGAAUCAGGUUCCCGUACAUCUACCUCGUCGCCUCCAUGAUGUUUAACGUCAGGCUCCAGGUCCACAUUGAGAUCCACUGACGCCGGCGGCCAUGACUCGUGCGCGACCGAGCGCCGCGCCUCCGGACGAGGACGACGACGAGGACGCGGCGUUUCCGGGGCCGUUCGGGGGAGAACGGUCGCGAUGGCGGCGGGCCCGGAGAUGAUGACGCGCGAGAGGGGCCCGCGGGCCCCGCGGGCCCCGCUUGAGCUUCCGGAGCU